AGCAAACAUGUGUAUAGUGCACAAUCAAAACAAUGACCAUGUUGCGAAAAUUACUGAAGAAUUUCGAUAAGAAAUUGUAUUUCAAUCAAUUGAGCCUUUCGACGCGACUUUUCUGUAAUCAAUCUAAUGUUCCAUUGACUGAAUCAAAGCGACCGGCAAUUGUACUAGGAAUUGAGACAUCAUGUGAUGAUACGGGCUGUGCAAUAGUGAAUUCAACUGGAACAAUUCUGGGCGAGAGUUUACAUUCUCAGCUUCAAUUUCAUAACAAAUGUGGUGGUAUAAAUCCUCCGAUUGCUCAAGAGUUCCAUCGUAAACAUAUUGAGCCCGUGGUAACUGAAUCUUUAUCCAGAGCAAAUUUAAGUGUGAAUGAUGUUGAUGCGAUCGCCGUAGCAUCUCGACCGGGUCUCACAAUGAGUUUGGUAGUAGGAGUACGAUAUGCCAAACACUUGGCCCGAAAGUAUAGAAAGCCGUUAAUUCCAAUCCAUCAUAUGGAGGCUCACGCACUAAUGGCGCGCUUAGAAAACCAGUCGAAGUUAAACUUUCCAUUUCUGUGUUUAUUAGCGAGUGGCGGUCACUGUCUUUUGGCAAUGGUAAAGAGUGUGAACGAUUUUAGUUUAUUAGGUGAGGCAACAGAUGGGUCGCCGGGUGAAUGUUUUGAUAAAGCGGCACGUGUGAUUGGGCUAACAAAUCUACCUGAAUACAGUGAGAGUAGUGGCGGUCGAGCUAUUGAGCUGGAGGCAUACAAAGCGACAAAUGCCGACCGAUUUGUAUUUCCAUCACCACUGAACGACGGUCGAAACUGUCAAUUUAGUUUCUCAGGUCUAAAAUCGGCGGCAAUAACAACCGUUCAAGAUUUGCAAAAAAGUGCCCAAAUCGAGCCCGACCAACUAAUUCCACACCAUGAAGAUUUCUGUGCCGGUUUCUUAAAAGCGACCACAAAGCACAUAAUGCGAAAAACUCAACGCGCGAUCCAGUAUUGCGAACGGAAAGGUUUCUUCGGAUUCGGUGCAAAUACAAAGCCACGGUCAUUGGUCUUUUCGGGUGGAGUAGGAUGCAAUGAUUUCAUCUUUCGAGCAUUAAGUGAAAUGGCAUCGGAGUUUGGAUAUAAAACCUUUCGACCGCCAAAGCGACUGUGCACCGAUAAUGGCGUGAUGAUUGCAUGGAACGGCAUCGAACGAUGGAUCGACAAUGAUCAAGUGUACCGAGAAUUAGAUAUUGAUAGUGUUACACCAUUGGAUCGUCAACCAUUCCGAACCAAUCUAGUCGAAGAUGUUGAACGGAAAAAUAUACAAUGUACCUGGAUCAAAGUACCAUCAAUGCAAUCAAAUAGGCUAGUAAUGACAUAA